CAGGCCCGGUGCCCGCUCCCGCCCGCGGCCGCUUCCGCCGCCCGGCCGGCCGGUUCCGUCGCCGCGCAGCCCGCACGCCGGCCGCUCGCUGCGCGCGCCGCCGCCAGACCCCGCGCUCCGGCUCCGGCCCGGCUUGGCUCCGCUCAGCCCGGCGCGCGCCGCGGCCAUGCAGCGCCGGGGAGCCCUGUUCGGCGUGCCGGGCGGCAGCGGCAGCAGGAAGAUGGCUGCAGGGGACAUCGGCGAGCUGCUGGUGCCCCACAUGCCCACGAUCCGCGUGCCCAGGUCCGGGGACAGGGUCUACAAGAACGAGUGCGCCUUCUCCUACGACUCCCCCAGUUCUGAAGGUGGACUCUAUGUAUGCAUGAAUACAUUUUUGGCCUUUGGAAGGGAACAUGUUGAAAGACAUUUUCGAAAAACUGGACAGAGUGUAUACAUGCACCUGAAAAGACACGUGCGAGAGAAGGUAAGAGGAGCAUCUGGUGGAGCUUUACCAAAAAGGAGGAAUUCCAAGAUUUUUUUAGAUCUAGAUACUGAUGACGAUUUAAAUAGCGACGAUUAUGAAUAUGAAGACGAAGCCAAACUUGUUAUAUUCCCAGACCACUAUGAAAUAGCACUACCAAAUAUUGAGGAGUUACCAGCCCUGGUAACAAUUGCUUGUGAUGCGGUUCUCAGCUCAAAAUCUCCGUACAGAAAGCAGGACCCAGACACAUGGGAAAAUGAAUUGCCAGUAUCAAAAUAUGCCAAUAACCUUGCACAAUUGGACAAUGGAGUCAGGAUUCCUCCAAGUGGUUGGAAGUGUGCCAGAUGUGACCUGCGGGAAAACCUCUGGUUGAAUCUGACCGAUGGCUCUGUCCUGUGUGGAAAGUGGUUCUUCGACAGCUCUGGGGGCAACGGGCAUGCACUGGAGCAUUACAGAGACACGGGCUACCCUCUGGCCGUGAAACUGGGAACCAUUACUCCCGACGGGGCAGAUGUUUAUUCUUUUCAAGAAGAGGAGCCUGUUUUGGACCCUCAUUUGGCCAAGCACUUGGCGCAUUUUGGAAUUGAUAUGCUUCACAUGCAUGGGACAGAGAACGGGCUCCGGGACAACGACAUGAAGCCAAGGGUCAGUGAGUGGGAAGUGAUCCAGGAGUCGGGGACGAAGCUGAAGCCCAUGUAUGGCCCCGGGUAUACGGGCCUGAAGAACCUGGGCAACAGCUGCUACCUCAGUGCCGUCAUGCAGGCCAUCUUCAGCAUCCCCGAGUUCCAGAGAGCCUAUGUAGGAAACCUUCCAAGAAUAUUUGACUACUCACCUUUAGAUCCAACACAAGACUUCAACACACAGAUGACUAAGUUAGGACAUGGCCUUCUCUCAGGCCAGUAUUCAAAGCCUCCAGUGAAAUCUGAGCUCAUUGAACAGGUGAUGAAGGAGGAACACAAGCCUCAACAAAAUGGGAUCUCUCCACGCAUGUUUAAGGCCUUUGUAAGCAAGAGCCACCCGGAAUUCUCCUCGAAUAGACAGCAAGAUGCACAGGAGUUUUUCUUGCACCUGGUGAAUCUAGUAGAGAGGAACCGCAUCGGCUCAGAAAACCCAAGUGACGUUUUCCGUUUUUUGGUGGAAGAACGUAUUCAGUGCUGUCAGACCAGAAAAGUUCGCUACACGGAGAGGGUGGAUUACCUGAUGCAGUUGCCUGUGGCCAUGGAGGCAGCAACCAACAAAGAUGAACUGAUUGCUUAUGAAUUGACGAGAAGAGAAGCGGAAGCAAACAGAAGACCCCUUCCCGAGUUGGUUCGUGCCAAGAUACCGUUUAGUGCCUGCCUUCAGGCCUUCUCGGAACCAGACAACGUUGAUGAUUUCUGGAGCAGCGCCCUACAAGCGAAGUCUGCGGGUGUGAAAACAUCUCGCUUUGCCUCAUUCCCUGAAUACUUGGUAGUGCAGAUAAAGAAGUUCACUUUUGGUCUUGACUGGGUUCCCAAAAAAUUUGAUGUUUCUGUUGAUAUGCCAGACCUACUUGAUAUCAACCAUCUCCGAGCCAGGGGGUUGCAGCCAGGAGAGGAGGAACUUCCAGACAUCAGCCCCCCCAUAGUCAUUCCUGAUGACUCAAAAGAUCGCCUGAUGAACCAAUUGAUAGACCCGUCCGACAUUGACGAGUCAUCGGUGAUGCAGCUGGCCGAGAUGGGCUUCCCUCUAGAGGCGUGUCGGAAGGCCGUGUACUUCACUGGAAAUAUGGGCGCCGAGGUGGCCUUCAACUGGAUCAUUGUUCACAUGGAAGAGCCAGAUUUUGCUGAACCACUGACCAUGCCUGGUUAUGGAGGAGCAGCUUCUGCUGGAGCCUCUGUGUUUGGUGGAUUGGAUAACCAGCCUCCAGAGGAAAUUGUAGCUAUCAUCACCUCCAUGGGAUUCCAGCGAAAUCAGGCCAUUCAGGCCCUACGAGCAACGAAUCAUAACCUGGAAAGAGCACUGGAUUGGAUCUUCAGCCACCCUGAGUUUGAAGAGGACAGUGACUUUGUGAUCGAGAUGGAGAAUAAUGCCAAUGCAAACAUUAUUUCUGAGGCCAAGCCUGAAGGACCUAGAGUCAGGGAUGGAUCUGGAAUGUAUGAAUUAUUUGCAUUCAUCAGUCACAUGGGAACAUCUACAAUGAGUGGCCAUUACGUUUGCCAUAUCAAGAAGGAAGGAAGAUGGGUGAUCUACAAUGACCACAAAGUUUGUGCCUCAGAAAGGCCCCCUAAAGAUCUGGGAUACAUGUACUUUUACCGCAGGAUACCCAGCUAGACCUCAAACAUGCAAAUCGGCAAGAAGAAGCCAUAGAUGUUUUAAUUUGCCAAAAAAAAAAAGAAAAAAAAAAAGAAAAAA